AUGCUUGAUGCUGAUGAGGAUGAUGAAGCGGUCGGGGAACUCCGGCAACCGGCAGCGCCCAGGCCGGCUUCUGACAUUGCCGGGAUUCCGGAUAGUGGACAGAGCCAGGAGACCACCGCUGUGAGCACAGCAGCGGAUGAUAGCCACCCCACAGAGUCCGCCCUUGUCCAAGACAACGGCACGCAGGAGAGGAGCGGCCGCUCCUCGGGGUCGGCGCUCGAAGAGCUCCUGAAAUCCCAGGCUUCGCCGAUGGAGCGGGGGCGAAGUGCACCAGAGGAUGAGCUUUCAACGUCAAACUUGCUUGACCUCUUCGAAAAGGAGCUGCCUCGGGACAGACGCACUUCCUUUUCACCCAUGGCUGCUGAAGACCACAUCACAGAGUCACUCCCAGCAUCCCUGUCUACAGCCCUUUCACAAGCACGUGUGGCGCGCGCCACAGCCGCUGCGGAGCGCGCCGAGCGUGCCAGCGGCAGCCGCAGCACCAGCAAAGACUCUGUGCUGACGGAUCGCUCGCUGGCCCCCCCUGAUCGGAUAUCCAGCAGAGCAAAGGACAUGUUCAAGAAGGGCAUCGUGUCGUCCAUGAGCUCUGUCACUUCCCAGGCAGGAGCUCGAUCAUCGACGUCUGUUCGUGCCUUCCCUCGAGAGCAGCUGAAGCGCAUCAGCGAUGAAGUCAAGGAGUUGAGGGAGAAGUACACGAAGUACGAGGCCAUGUUCGUGGAGAAGAUGGAGUUCUUCUCUGUGGCCGACCGUGUCGCAAGGAUCGAAGUCUCGUUGCAAGAGCAACUGGGCAAAGGAGGUAAUUUGAUUAACGCUCUCAAAGCGCUGAGAACGGAGAGCAGGCAGCAUCAGGAGGGUCAUGAUGAAGUCCUCGGCAAACUAGCAGAGAUCAAUGCUGCCACGGUCGACAACACUGCCCGCCUCCGCGAUGAACAACAUCGUGUCGAGAACGCAGCAGACCAUGCUUUUCGCACUGCAAAGAACUUGGAGCAGGUCAGCAACAAUCUGACCGUGACGAGAGAGGCAUUGGGGGAAGACGUGGCGCGAAUGGCAAAGGCCGUGCAGGCUUUAGCCACAGAGGUGAAGACUAUCGAUGAGGACCCUUUCAUGUGUUCUGGUGCUUAUACUCUGGAAAAGGGCGAUUGCUCACAGGCCAAUGAAAGGGCGACAAUGGAAGGGGGAGAUGGCUACAAGGGCUGGUUCAUCAAGAUGAAGCAACAGAUGCAAGACCAGGAGUACUUGCAUUCUGUGAUGGUGCGUGACUUGCAGUACGUCAAGCAGCAGUUCGACUCCUGUGCGACCGAGGCAGACCUGCGAAAGCUUCAGGAAAAGCUGCAAGACGUGCAGGAGGAGAACGGCAGGCUUCAGGAGUUCGUGCACGAAAAGUUCUUCGAAGUACAGGACCAAGAACGACGUGAGAUGAUGGACAAGUUUGCGGCAAAGUGGGAUCC